UGAGGGAAGGAGGGAGGGAGGGACAGGUGACAGAGAUGUGAGAGAUGCUCCACAGAUGGUCAACAGUGGCAGAUGUACAGUAAGAGAUAUAGACGGAGUGAAUAGAAGAACGAGAGAGUGACAGAGAGAGUGACAGGUGAGACAGAAAGACAUAGAGUGAACAAACGAACACGAGUGACAGUGACAGAACCAGUCAGAGAAACAGUAUAUGAGCGAUAGAGGAAGUUAGCCUGAUAUUUGUGCUCAUUUGUUUAGAAGGAUGAGUGAAGCCGGAAGCAUCUUAACCCUGGAAGACAUCCCUGAAGGAAGGUUGGAGAAAAAGGGCUCCAUCAAGAAGAAGAUAGAGAAGUUGAGGAGAUGGAGCUCCUGCAGUAUAAAGAGGCCUUCUAAGAAGACUAAGACCAGAAGUCUGUCCUCCGCUACAGAGGCACCAGAGGAGACCUGGGGGCUCAAGACCCCCGAGAGAAGGAGGCUCAAACCCAUCAUCGCCUCCGUCUUCGGACAGGACAGAGACCUACGGCCAGAAGAGAUUGAAGAGCUGAAGGAGGCGUUCGGGGAGUUUGAUAAGGAUAAAGAUGGCUACAUCAGCUGUAAGGAACUGGGAGAGUGCAUGAGGACUAUGGGGUACAUGCCCACAGAGAUGGAGCUCAUCGAACUCAGCCAGAACAUCUGUGA